AUGGCUGCAGUCUCCCGGGCAUCCCUGCUCCUGGCUUUCACCCUGCUCUGCCUGCCCUGGCUUGGAGAGGCCGGUGCCCUCACAACAAUGCCAAUAUCCUCACUUUAUGACUAUGCUGUGAUGCGCGCCCAUCGCCUCAACCAGCUGGCCUUUGACAUCUACCAGAAGUUUGAAGACGCUCGUAGCCCGAAGGAACAGAAGGAUUUCUUCCGGCAUAAAGCCAGGACCUCCGUUUGCUUCUCAGUGUCUGUCCCAACACCCACUAAUAAACAGGAAACUCUGCAGAAAUCUAACCUAGAGUUGCUCGGCGACUCCCUGCUGCUCAUCCAGCUGUGGCUCAAGCCCGUGCAGUCCCUCAGCAGUGCCUUUGGCCACAGCCCACUGCAUAGUUUCUUAGACAAGUUCAUCUAUGAGUACCUGAAGGACCUAGAGGAAGUCAUCCAACUCUGUUUGCAGAGGCUGGAAGAUGGCAGCCCCCAGACUGGGGAGAUCUUCAGGCAGACCUACAGCAAGUUUGACAUCAACUUGCACAACGAUGACGCACUGCUCAAGAACUACAGGCUGCUCUACUGCUUCCGGAGAGACAUGAACAAGCUUGCAACAUUCCUGCGAAUUGUGCAGUGCCGCUCUGUGGAGGGCAGCUGUGGCCUCUAG